AUGGCGGCAAACUUGUCUUCCCCAUCCCCAGUUGGUCCCGACCCGCUUCAGUUAAUCGAACAUAUGACCCAAAAUGCCGGUGCGGUCCAAGAAAGCUUGCUGACCCAAAUCCUUGCCCAAAAUGCGGAGACGGACUAUCUCAAAGGUUUUAGUGUUGACGGAGUCAUGGACUUGGAGGCCUUCAAAUCGAAGGUCCCCUUGGUUACGUACGAAGAUAUCCAGCCGUUGAUCCGGAGAAUGGCUGACGGUGAUCACUCGCCCAUUUUAUGUGCUCAACCCAUCUCUCAGUUCCUCAUCAGCUCAGGAAGUGUGGGAGAACCAAAGCUGAUUCCAUCCACCAAAGAAGUACUGGAACGUACUCUGCUUUUCUGCAGUCUUCUAAUGCCUGUUGUAAACAAGCACAUGAAAGGACUCGACGGAGGCAUCGGACUCAAUUUCAUGUUCACGAGGUCCGACGCAAGAACCCACGGUGGGACCCUCGCACGACUCUCGACCUCAAGCCUCUACAAGAGUGACAUCAUGAAAAACCGGCCAGCCAACAUCUACACGAGCCCGAACGAAGCCAUCUACUGCCCCGACCCCUUCCAGAGCACGUACACCCAGCUGCUGUGUGGGCUGUAUAACCGCGCACGGGUCGACCGGAUCGAGACCACAUUCGCCUCAGCCCUCGUCCGAGUCCUCAAGUUCCUCCACAUCAACUGGAAGCAGCUCACCCACGACAUACGAACCGGGUCCCUCGACCCAAGAGUCAUUGACGAGUCAAUCCGUGGAUUCAUGUCCCGAACUUAUAACCAGCCCAACCCGGAACUGGCAGACUCCAUUGCUCGCGAGUGUGCCAAGGACAACUGGGAAGGGAUCAUCACGAGAAUCUGGCCCCACGCGAAAUAUCUCUGGACCAUCGCAACCGGAACCAUGGCUCAGUACAUCCCGACCCUCGACUACUACAGCGGCGGGCUCCCGAUAGUGUCCAUGACAUACGCAUCCUCCGAGUCCUACCUUGGCAUCAACCUCCAACCCACGUGCAAGCCUUGUGAGGUCUCCUACACUUUCAUGCCGUUCAUCGCCUAUUUCGAGUUUCUUCCCAGCACGGGAAACUCGGAGGAGCCCGUUGACUUGGUCAAUGUAGAGAUCGGCAAGGAGUACGAGGUGGUGGUCACAAACGGGGCGGGGCUGUACCGGUACCGACUCGGGGACAUUGUGCUGGUCACGGGGUUCUACAACUCGGCCCCACAGUUCCGGUUCGUGAGGCGGAAGGACGUGGUGCUUAACAUUGAGUGGGAGAAGACAAAGGAGACGGAGCUUCAGGCGGCAGUCGAGAAGGCGGCGAAGAUGCUGCUACGCCCGUUCGGGAUGGGUGUGGCCGACUACACGAGCUUUGUGGACACGACGAGUGUCCCGGACCACUAUGUGAUGUACUGGGAGCUGCUGGGCACGGGAAGUUGGCCUGGGGAUGAAGUGCUCGAGCGGUGUUGUUUUGCAGUGGAGGAGUCUCUCAACCUGGCUUAUCGAAUGUUGAGAGCGGGGGAUGGGCCGAUCGGGCCGCUGGAGAUACGAGUGGUGAGGAAUGGGGCGUUUGAGGAGGUGAUGGAGAAUGCGGUUUCGAGAGGUGUGUCGAUUAGUCAGUAUAAAGUGCCGAGGUGCGUGGGGUCGUUGAAGCCGGUGAUGGAUAUCCUUGAGUCGCAAGUCGUCUCCAAGCACUUCAGCCCGUCCCCUCCGAGUCUGUCCUGA